AUGCCCUCUUCAAUCCUGCCCGUCGCGUCCUCGAGCAGACCCGGGUUGAGUAUGGGUGGAGGGUAUGACGGGUCAAGAGGCGGGUAUGACGGAGUUGGAGUUAUGGGAGGAGGAAUGCCAAGGGUGGAUAGGAUACCGCUGGUGUUGAGGAGACUGGGAAAGUUCAGGUCUAUGGACUUUGAGCUAGCAUUCUGGCAACUGACGUACCUCGUUGUCUCGCCAAGAAGGGUUUAUCGACAGACGUAUCAUCAAAAACAGACGAAGAAUGUCUGGGCAAGAGAUGAUCCUGCUAUGCUGAUGCUGAUCGCUGGCUGUCUGACAGCUUCCGGGAUAGCCUGGUCUCUGGUAUACCAUAGAAGUGCCACCGGCACUCUGCUUCUCAUCCUCAAAAUGGUCUUCCGUGACUUCCUCCUCAUCUCCCUCCUCACCGCCCUCGUCCUCUACUUUCUCACAAAUCGCCUCCUCGUCUCCUCCCUCGCACCCCAUGCUUCCACAUCCGAUAACCGCGUCGAGUUCGCUUACGCCUUUGAUGUGGCUGUAAACUCGUUCUUCCCUGCCUUCUUGACGAUCGGUGUGGCAUUACUACCGCUGGCACCGGUCGUAGUUGCGAAGAACUGGGUGUGCCUGUUCUUUGGAAAUACCCUCUUCCUCAUAGCAGGCCUGCAGUACACGUACGUCAUGUACCUAGGCUACGCUGCCUUGCCUUUUGUGGCGAGGAGCGAGCUGCUCCUUUCACCCUUAUUACCUAUCUUUGGCGGGUAUCUCCUGAGCUUACUCGGCUUCAACAUUCCCCGACAUGCCCUCGAGUUGUACUUUGGGGAACCGUGGAGAUGA